AUUAUUAUAAAUUUUCUUUUAAGACCAAAACUUCUCUGUUGUCCGGUCCUCCCUUCUAUGGCAACAAAGUUUCUCUCGCCAAAGCUCCUCAACACCCUCCCUCCAUUCACCAGGUUUCUUAGCUCUGCCUCCACCGCCUCCAUCGCCGCCGUUUCACCCCUCAAUUUCGACGAAAAGCCUGAACCCAAUGACGCCGAAAAACAGCUGACUGAACCUACCACCGCCACCACAAACCUCGACCUUUCUGAUCAUCAAAAGCUUUUCGCCUCGGUUUCGACCUUGAAACUCCUACGUUCAUCGGCCACCCUCGGGUUGGCUUCCAAUGAGCGUUUCAUCGAUUUCGGCAUGUGGGUUAUGAAUUCCAGACUCAUGGAAACAAGUUUGGUACGUGAUGCUAUAUUAAAAACCGUAAAACAUACCUUCUUUCAACAAUUUUGCGCAGGUGAAACCACCGAGGAGGCGGCCGACUGCGUUAGGAGAGUACACGACAGCGGUUUCAGAGGGAUGCUCGUUUACGCGGUCGAGCAUACAGAAGAUAACGCCGGUUGUGAUCGGAAUUUGGAAGGGUUUAUAAAGAGUGUUGAACUCUCCAAGUCACUUCCACCUUCAUCUGUGAGCUUUGUCAUAGCAAAGAUUACUGCAAUUUGCCCCAUCGGCCUGCUAAGGAGGGUUAGUGACUUGCUGAGGUGGCAAUACAAGGACCCUUCUUUUAAUCUCCCAUGGAAGCUCAACACUUUACCCAUUUUCUCAGAUUCCAGUGCUUUAUACCACACGCUCGAAAAGCCAGCACCAUUGGCAUCACAAGAGGAGUUAGACCUUCACUUGGCUCACCAGAGACUUCUUAAACUCUGCCAAAAGUGUAUUCAAGAUAAUGUGCCUCUCACAAUUGAUGCCGAGGACACAUCGAUACAACCUGCCAUUGAUUACUUUACAUAUUCCUCGGCAAUCAUGUAUAACCGAGAUGAUAAACCUAUCGUUUACUGUACGAUUCAAGCAUACUUGAAAGAUGCAAGAGAGAGGCUGUUUAUGGCAACAAAAACUGCAGAAAGUUUGGGGAUCCCUAUGGGGUUCAAACUAGUAAGGGGUGCUUAUAUGUCUAGUGAAAGCAAUUUGGCCUCAUUGUUAGGCUACGAUUCCCCGAUUCACAACAGCAUUGGGGAGACGCAUGCAUGCUACAAUGACUGUGCUUCUUUUAUGCUCGAGAGGAUUGCUGAUGGCUAUGGUGCAGUUGUUCUUGCUACUCAUAAUAUUGAGUCAGGGCAACUGGUGGCAUCAAAAGCAUGUGAUCUAGGGAUCCGAAAGGGAAACCAAAAGCUAGAAUUUGCUCAGCUAUAUGGAAUGUCUGAAGCACUUUCUUUUGGUUUGAAAAAUGCAGGGUUUCAAGUUAGCAAGUAUUUACCAUAUGGACCUGUAGAUAUGGUAGUGCCAUACCUCCUAAGGAGGGCUGAAGAGAACAGAGGACUGCUAUCGACUUCAAGCCUUGAUAGAAUACUCAUGGGGAAAGAGUUGAUGAGAAGACAAAAGAAGCUGCAAUUUACUAAGUCAAAGAUGGCAUCUCCAAGUAGCAUCAAGGUAGAAAUAGGCACAGAAUGAAAGUUUUAACCAAGUGGUUAAACAAUGGCUUUCAUUUCAGGAUGGCUACUUUUGUCUUAUCAGAUGGUAAUUUCCACCAAUAAUGUAGAUAAAUAAAUGUAACAUUUGGUGAUGUAUCUGCCAUAUCAAUGGAAUUUUGCUCUUUGAAAUCUCA